ACAACGUUGGACUUCAUAUGAAUAUUAUCUGUUCGAGGUGAAGCAGAGCACAGUUACGGCGGAGGAAAGGACAGAUUGAAGCACUGGGACUGUGACAACUUACCUGAAUUUACGAUUUUCAGCCAGUAUUAUCUUGUCCUACCUGAACCACCUUUUUGCCAAAACCUCUAACUGCUGAACUGGUCAACUGUCAGUCCCGAUGCCACGAUGAGGCUCUUCACCCCCACCACGAAAACCACAACCAUGAGAGCCAUAACAACAAAGAGGUUUCUCACCCACCAUGUCCUCUCGGCAACUCGCUUUUCUACAACUACAACAAGAAUAACAAACCACCAUGGCAGUCACAUAAGACCAUACUCCUCCGAAAAGGGCACUCCCCCAUCACCUCUUUCCUCCCAAUCCCAACCUCCAUCGACCUUCAACCCCGAAACCUACCUCCAAACCGCCACCACAACCCUCUCCCUCAUCCCACCCAAACUCAUCCCCGACACCCUCCAUCCCACUCAAUCCCAUUUGCUCUCUCUCGGUUUAUCUUCUCACCUGCCGAGCAUUUGUCUUCCCCAGGGCUUUAACGCUCAGCCCCCCUCCCCCAACAAGUCCAUAUUCCCAUGGCCUAACCAGGAAGACGACCAGCUACCGCCAGGGUAUCAUCUAAUUUACUACCCCCUCCAAACCCCUCCCCACUUGCUCUUCCCCGACGGUACAGACGCCGACCAUUGCCCUGGAAGUCCCUUUACGAGGAGGAUGUGGGCGGGCGGGAGAAUUGACUUCGGCAAAGAGGGGUCGGAGGAGCAACAACAACAACAACAGUUCAAAGUGGACGGGAGGAAGACGGUUUGUGUUGAGACGCUAGGGACGCCUGUUUUGCAGGUUGGGAACAGCGGGAAGGAGCAGGAUCAGAAAGUGUAUGUGGAUGUUUGGAGGCGGUAUAUCGCUUUCCCGCCGGAGGCAACAUCGAGGGAAGUCGAAAGGGUGGUAGCAGAUGUCAUCAAGGACUCAUCAUCAUCAACAACCCCCACCACCCACAACAAAGAGCGCAAAGAAGCCGUGAUUUCUGAACUCCGCCGCCUCGUGUUCCUCCGUGAGCGCCCCGACGACGGCAACGAGCGCAGCGAACCUUUCCCAAGCCCAAACCCAAACCCAAACCAUCCCCAACAGAAACUCGAACCCGUACCAGCUCCAGCCCCAGCUCCAGCGAGGAUCAUCCGCGUCCCUCACCAACCCGAUUUCUCGUUUAAAAUGACGCCAGACGCCACUUUGCUCUUUCAGUUCUCCGCGCUGACGUUCAACGCGCACGCUAUCCACUUGGACCCGCUGUACGCGAGAGAGGUGGAGGGGUAUAAAGAGCGGUUGGUGCAUGGGCCAUUGACGUUGGUGAUUAUGUUGAGGGGGGUGGAGGGAUUUUUGAGGGUUGCUGGGACAAGUGUUGACACGACGACGACGACAACGGCGGCGGCGGCGGACUCAUCAGUUGGGACUGCUAGAGUCUCCGAGGUGAUCAAGGAGAGGUUGUUUGUCCCGCGGGGGGAAGAAACAGCUGAUAGAAAAAAGAGAAAGCGGUGGGAGGUUGCAAGUAUAGAGUACAAAAAUCUCCGCCCGCUGUUUGUAGGUGAGGAGAUGAAGGUUUGUGUGAGGUUGUUGCCGAAUAGAGAGAAGAAGAGUAGCGACAAGGCGGGCUUAGGCUUGAGUCUGGGUGCACGCAGUGAGAGGGUUGAUGUGUGGAUUGAGGCGCCGGAUGGGGGGUUGGCUGUAAAGGGAACUGUUGGAAUCGAGUGGAGGUAGUGAAGAGAGAGGUGAAGAGAGGUUGAGGUACAAGACCUGUACUCUCUCGUCUCCCUAUCUAUAUGUUUACGCCCUUACCUGUCCAUACAUAUUCGGAUACUCCCUAUAACCUUCAACUAUCAGGUCUCUCAGAUGAGCUGCUGAUGAAUUGGGCCCAGUAGUUGUGGUCCUAAACUUGAACCGAUAUGCAGCAGAACUAUCGGCGACAGUCAACAGAUGAUAUCAACAAGC